UUUGUGCACUUAUUUGACAUCGCUGCCAUGCGUCCAUGGAAACACAGCAAAACAAACGAGACAGAUGUACACGAGAUGAGAGUGAAAUUCCAUAGACCUAGGCGAGGAAAACAGGUGUCUACAAAAUGAUGAAAGCUGCCUAUGUUGUCAUUUUGUAUUUAGAAAACUGUGCAAGAUGCCUAUAAUUAAAGUUCCAGUUGUCCAUAAUUUGGGUAUAAUUUCCCAAACCCACAAAGAGGAUUUGCAAAAAAUACUUUUCAAAAAAGCUCAGGAAAUAACAAUCACAACCAAUUCAAAGGCUACCAGAAACCCAUUUGAAAUAAAAGAGGAGUUUAUCAAAAAGUACAACAAUUCCCAGGGCUCUGAGGAACAAGACAAGUAUAAUGAGCUGGCACGACAACUACUUAGCCGAAGCAAGCGCAGAGCUGGACUGAAAUGCAUGGGUGAGGGCGACCACGUUCAGCUUCCUCUGGCAUGGACAGAGCUGCUGUUGCUUGGUUUGUGCCGUGGUAAAAUUCAAAAUGAUUCCCUGGAUUCCCUUCUGAUGUCAUUGGACCAUGCUCCAGUGCAUCCAGAACAGAUUCCUGCCCUCUUUUACCUGGGCGAGUCAGUCUUGUACUGGGUCUGUGCUGAUACGUCUCAGAAGCCUAAUUUGUACACCUGCGAAGUGAAGAUACUCAAGCUGGGAUAUUUGGUCUUCUUGAGACUAUUUCUCUUUCACAUCUCUGGAAACCUGAGUGGAUACCAAAGAAGCAAAUCCCAUCUUCACGUUUUUUUAAAAGCUCUGUCUCAGUGUGAGCCAUGCUACCAACCGUAUCCAAACAUCUUGCUCUCAGUGCACUUCAUGUUACGUUCAGGGGAGAUCAUUUGUGGACUGGGACCUUUUCAAGAGGAUUCUGCAUCAGCUCAGGAAGACUGUCAGGAGUAUGACGUGAACCAGGUGCUCUGGCAUUGUCUUCUCAGUUGGUACUGCGUACAAAACAAUGUCCGCCAGCUCUCCCAAGUGGCACACCACCUCAUCAUGCUGAGAGAGGAGCUGCAGAAAGACAACUGGUUGGACUGUGCUUUGGGAUUAAUGGUUCUGGGUGAGGCUGCAAAGUCCAGCUUGUUGUGCCUUCAGAUGUUGAUGAGUCUCCACAUCAACCCAAAGACAGAGCAGGAUGGGAUUAUAGAAGAAAACGGAGGUAUGUCUCAGAGUGGUUGCUGGCCAUGGCAGUUGGAACACAUCUAUACCACUGUGUUAGCAGACAUAUGCCAGCAUAGCAGCAAUGCAGAGAUACAGAAAACAGCUCUGCUGGGCAGUCAAACCCCUCCAGGAUAUCACAAUACUGAUGGACUGCUUAAACUUCUGAACCACUCUGGCGCCGAGGCCUGGCAGCUGCGCUACAGUGCUGUUCAGGCUUUGGUGUGCGUAUGCCGAGGGCUCAGCGGAGCUGUGUUGCAGGAGGGGCUGAGGAAUGUGGCCUGGAUCACUCUGCAGGAACACCUGUGCCAAGAGACAGACCAGAGAGUCGGAGAUGCCGCCCGGGUUAUAGAGGCUGAAAUUAAUGUUCCAGAGAGCAGUCUUCUCAGUGAGAGAGGGAAGCCAUCAUCAUCUUCCUCUGCUUCUAGCGUACCUGCUAGUCUACCUGGCCAACUGAUCACCUGGAGGUUAGCAUGUACCCUCUCUCAGCACUACCUGCCCCCCACGCCUCUCCAGCUCACCCCCCACACCAAGGCCAAGAAGGAACAACCACCUCCCUCCAACAGGCCUAGGCUGGAAGCCUGUCCUCCACUGCCCAAAGAAACACUCCCUGGCCCUGCCAGUAAGAUGCAGCAUCCAACCAGACAUCCAGAGGAAUAUCACAGUGCCCCUAGAAAAAGUAAGAAAUAUCAAACUUACAUGGACUUCAAUGCACGUACAGAUGUUGACUUGAUGAGAAUUGUGGAGGACCAGUGGCAAAAAGAACUACAGAUCAAAAUGGCAGAGGAGGAAGAUGCUGAAAAGAAUGAAUUAGAGAAAGUACAAAAGGAAAAAGAGGAACAAUUCAAAGAGAUUAUGAGGAGGCGGGUGGAAAAAGUCAAGAAGGACACCAAACCAUAUGAGCUUCCCGGAUAUCAACAAACGGGAGGUCAAAUCUGAAUCUGAAAGAGACAUAAAUGACUUGUGCCAUGCUCUUUGUUAUAAUACUGAUCCCAAAACAUUUUACCAUGGUGAUUGCAUCUAGCAUUAUUUUUGGGAGGGAAUAGUGUCUUGCAUACAACAAGUGCAAAUUGUUUUAUGCACUUUAUUUCAUUUAAUUGGCAAACGUAACUUGGGUUUCAUCCUUUUUUAAUCUCACAUUAUAUUUACAGAAAGAUAGAAAAAUGUGACAAAAUGUGACUCUUAACAAGCAACAUUGGUAGAAAGAGGUUUGCACACAACACCCUCCCCUGAUGCUGAUUUGUAAAGAUAGCCAAAACUAUUGAAAUUCUAUACCAAGAAAAGCAUAUUGUUUCCCAAACGUGCUUUUGAUUUCAAAUCAUCCCAGACCAGCUUCUGUUUUGAAGUUGACUUUCGUCUCUCACAAACGGAAAUACUUAAAAUAAUUGCUCAUUUAAUCAGAUAUGAUAGAAACUAUUAAACUAGCUUUGACAUUCCCGUCGACAUUAAAAACAUUACGGAACAAUGGUUUCCACAUUCAUUUACAUUGACACAAACAGACUUGAACUUUUUUUUAGCAACCAAUGUCCCAGGAAUCCUUCUGAUUCCUUACCCUAACAGUGGAGGUGCAAUUCUUUGACCCUCCUAUUAGCUAGGCAUGAUGCCGUAUCACGCUUAUGAUACGCUCACCUCAAAACACCCCAGGAAAUGUAAGGAAAUUAUAAACAUCGUUACCAGAAGGUUUGCGUUUCCUUGGAAUUUCACAAAGGUGGUCAAAACGUAAAAUAAAAACCCAUGGCAGCAUGUUGAAGUGGAAUUGCAAAUGGCUCAGUCAGGUCACAAGAAAGAACAGAACAAAACAAAAAUAGUAUGAGCAAAAAUGACUGUGUUUGUGACCUUUGGCAUGUGUCAUAUGCUUAAGCAAGCGGUUGUACGCUUUUGGCCAUAGUAACAAAAUGUGUCACAAGAAUGUAAUGUCUAACUAUUGUAGAUUUAGAAUCUUUGAAUCAUUCAGAUGGAUGUCAUUAGCAGAAAGGGGGGUUUGCUGCAUAUACUGUAUCAAUGGUGAGUUGGAUCAGUUGCAUAGUUUGAUAUCUAGGCUGUAGGCCCCCAUUCAAUCAAUCGCACAUAAUAAUCAACCACACUGAGGGGGGGGCGGUUUCCCGGACACAGAUUUAGCCUAGUCCUGGACUAAAAAGCAUUUAUGAUGCAGAAUUUCCAUUGAAAGUGCUUUCUAAUCCAGGAAUAAGCUUAUUCCAUGGAAAACCGGCCUUGAAAGUUCACUCAAUGUUGACACUACAGGUGUGUGUUUUUUCCCCCCUCAUCAAUAUCCAAUUAUAACAACUUCCCAGAGAGAAGCAGAGUGGGGCGUAUCUGUUUUCAAACCACCACCUCAAUGCAGUGUGAACAUUCUAAGUGAACUCGCAGUGCAGUUUCCCUUUACCUGCAAGUGAUUGAAUGGCUUUAUGAUUGGUACACCCUUGCAAAUGUCAUGAACAAAACAUCCGACUUGUGUGCUCUACCAAGAGGAGCUUCACAAAACAACAGAAGUGGUGGCGUAAGUGAGGACAUUGCAAAUCUCUGUUGAAGCAGUAGAUAUAGUGCACUGAGGCUAUCAUAAGAUAUUAUUAUGAUUUUUUUUUUUUUUUUUUUAAAUGUGAUGGCUGUGUAAAGCAACAAAACAUGUUUUAUCACUCACCACAGUACAUAUAUGAAGGUCACAAUAACAGACCCAUAUCAAUUAAUGUAAUGCCACAUGUCAAUCUUGUGACAUCAACUAUUAAAUGCAUUAAUUUCGCAUCGAUAGCAAAUUGUAAGUGACAAUUUUCUCCCAAGAACAACAUACAAAGAUAUGUACAUAGGGCUCAUUAUAAAACUGUGAAAUAAGGCACAUUUUUUUCUCUUUGGAACGACAACAAAACAAGAUCUCACUUGCAAUUAACAAUUUAUCACAUAUAAAUGUUGACCGCUAUAAAAUAUUGAAUUAAUAUUUAGAAUCAGUUGGCCUUCGAAUCUUUUUUCAGGCACGCCAAGGACAUGAAGCAAUAUUCACUAUGAUUGAAGCCAUACCUCGGUAUAAAGAAAACAAAGAAUCACAUUGUACAAAAUCAUAUUUGUGGAAAAAGGAAAUCUGAACAUGUUCUCUUCCCGAUAGAGUAAGUUCAAGUGAAAUUGCAACACAAACGUUCCCAACACAUACAGAACCUGAGACUGCAGCAUAACUAGGUAUACUGGACUCAAACAAUAUAAUAUUGCACUUGUCGAAUUAUGCUUAAACAAGUUCCAUUUACUUCUCCUCCUGCCUCUUUCCUUCUCCACCUCUCUCUUUCCUUCUCGUCCUCCCUCUCUUCUUCCCCUUCCCCUCCUUCUAUCUGUUCCAAGGAUGUCCUAUGCAUUUCAGGCUUCUGCAUAGCCUCGCUGACUAUGUUUUUCGGCACAGGGACAGAGGCCGGAUGUUGGGCAUGUUCCGUGGCGAUCACCGACUCUCUGGCCUGCGCUCAUGUCAGCUGCACACGGUAUGUGCUGAUCUCCAUUGGCUUAAGGCUGAUUUCCUCUUGGUUCGACCCUUCCUCAGGCGCGUGCAUCAGAGUAAGAGACGCAGGGGUGAUGCUCUGGAAUUUCAGUUCAGAAAACAGCUUCUCCGUGCGGAUCUGUGGGAGAACCAAUCCAAACAUGAACUGUGGCGUUAUACCCGCAUGUGUGAAUAGGAAAACCCAUUAUGAAAGGCGUUGAUGGAUAGGUUCAAUAGAAAGAUUUGACACCGAUGAUCACGAUGAAAUAGCCUUUCCUUUUAGAAGCUAUUAAUAUAAAAGGACACUUAACAGGCUUAUUAAAUAUAUUAAGAUUAAGUGCCUGGAUCAACAGAGAUUUCACCAUCUACUCUGGGAAAUGUUCUAAUGAACACACUCUUGGUCAUAACAGCCUUGAUCUUCCUCUUGGAGAGAGAUAAGUAUUCACUUAAACUGAUUAUGGUUGCAUUGUUAUAGUUGUCAUGACAUUGGAAAAGGAGGAAAUGUAAUGAAAGGAAUUUCCUUCCUCACUGCACAUUUUCUGUGGCAAGUGACUCUUGAGCUGUUUUGCUCGAGGGGAAGUUCAUUUCUGUAAAAGAAAAUGGUACUACUAGCUGCUUGAAUAAAGAGCAUCGUGUGCAACCCUCAGGUUAAAAUUCCCUUUAAUCACUAAUUAAUAAAGUGUUUGGUCACAACUUUCA